CCUCCCCUACCAUCAAUCAUUCCCAAACUUCCAGCUCCAGCAUCAAACACCAGAGUGACCUCUGAACCGUAUCCCCCAGUCGCCUACGAGGGCUCCUGUAUUGAACUGAGCUGCAGCGCCACAAAGGGCUCCCACCUCUCCUACACCUGGUUUUUCAACAGAAAGGAAGUAACUUCUUCAACCUCUCCUCUCUUUCACCACACUGGGAACAAGCUAGUGAUGGGGAAGGUGACUCCAGAGCAUGCUGGGUACUACUCUUGCAUGGCUUGGUCCAUUGUGCAGGACACCAGGAGGUUCUCAAGCAGCUUUGAGGUCAAAGUGACAGUCAAAGUCUAUGUUUCAAAACCAAGGAUCUCUUUCUCCAUCUCAAAUCCGGGAGCCAGUCUCAGUGGCAACGUGACCUGCUGGUCAACAAGAGGGAGUCCUCCGGUCAACAUCUCUCUUCUACUGGAUGACAAAGAAGUGGGAUCAGUCACAGCUACUGAAUCCCUUGCUGCGUGGUUCUCCGUCGCUGUGGUGCUGGGGCUGGACAUGGGCACUGUUCGAUGUCUGGUGAACACUGAGGUGCAGAAGCUGAUGAGUGAGCCUCUGACUCUGGAAGUGGUCCCAGUCGGAGGUGCUGUGAAAGUCGAGGUUGAAUAUCUCUACAGAGCUGACUCCAAACUGACCGCUGCCAGGCUGAGCUGUGGAGUCAGCAGAGGAACUUUCCCUGAAUACUCCUGGCUCUUGAACGACUCUGUCCUCCCCCCUGAGACUCACAGGGACUCCCAUAUUCAGCCCGACCCGCCUCACUAUGCCCUAACUGACCAUAGACGGAUCCUCGUUCUGCCUAAGGUUGGACCAGAGGAGUCUGGGUAUUACCGCUGCAGGGCCAGGGACAGCUACAAUGACUCAGGGCACUGGCUGGAGAGUGAGGCCGUGCAGGUCCAAGUCACAGGCAGGAUCCUCAACUGCAUGCCUGAAGCAACAUCUUCCACUGAAACACCAUCACAGGUUUUCAUGAACACCAUUGAGAUCCUCACCAUUGCGUUCUGCUGCUUUCAUUUUGUGACAUUGGCAGUUGCCCUGGGCUGCAUAUACAAGAUGUUCGACCAGAAUCAAGAUCAUGACCAAGUUGCUAUAAUAGGUUUUGACACACUUCCUCUCUCUGCAUCCACGUCCAGCGAACAGGACGGACCUUUGUCCAGAGACUUGGUUGUUCAGAAUCAGACCGUAGAGACCACAAUAUGACACAGGAGGAUCAUAUCACCCUUGUUAAAUUUGUCAUCCCUUCAUGCUAAUUUUGUAUUUUCUUUAAAAAAAAUAUCUGUAACUAUAUAUUGUUCUGCAGGUAUGGUGACAGUAAUGACUAAAAAGGUGUAACAUUCAUUUAAAAAGAGUGACAGAUCAUGUUUAAAGCACAAUUGCUGUAUACUGCCAUGUGUUUACAAAUAAAAAAUGUAAUUUUAA